GGAGGGUCGCGGUGGAAGGGCGUGGCGUGCAAGGGCGGGGCUCCUCCCGGCGCGAGAACGGGAGACAACGGGACAGAAACGGGCAUCAAUAGAACCGACGGUCGGUUCAUUUAUCUCAUUGAAUCUCCGGGUUUUUAACCAGCGAUCUCAGGAGCCACCAUGCCAGGGAAACUCAACGCAGACGAGAUGGAGGAGCUCAGAGAGGCCUUCAAGAAAGUCGAUGUGAAUGAAAAUGGGUUUAUCUGCGACAGAGAGCUCACGGCGCUCUUCAAAGAGGCCAACUUGGCCCUCCCUGGAUUCAGGAUCAGGGAGAUCGUCCAGGAGAUGGACAGGGACAAAGACAACCAACUGAACUUUGAAGAAUUCAUAGCUAUCUUCACCGAGCUGAAGGACGACCAGGUAGCCAAGACCUUUAGGAAGGCCAUCAACAAGAAGGAGGGCAUCCUGGCCAUCGGGGGCACCAGCGAGCAGUCCAGCACGGGAACGCAGCAUUCGUACUCUCAUGAAGAGUGCUUUGCCUUCACCAACUGGAUCAACUCGGCGCUGGAAGACGACCCCGACUGUGCCCACAUCAUCCCCAUCAACCCCAACACCAACGCCCUGUUCCAAGCAGUGGGCGACGGCAUAGUGCUGUGUAAAAUGAUCAACCUUUCAGUUCCGGACACCAUUGAUGAGAGAACCAUCAACAAAAAGAAGCUCACUGCAUUCACCACACAGGAGAACCUGAACCUGGCUCUGAACUCGGCCUCGGCUAUCGGCUGCCACGUGGUGAACAUCGGAGCCCAGGACCUGAGGGAGGGCAAGCCUCACCUGGUGCUGGGUCUCCUGUGGCAGAUCAUCAAGAUCGGGCUGUUCCUGGACAUAGAGCUGAGUCGCAACGAAGCGCUGGCCGCGCUGCUCCGGGACGGCGAGAGCCUGGAGGACCUGAUGAAGCUCAGCCCGGAGGAGCUGCUCCUCCGCUGGGCCAACUUCCACCUGAACAACGCCGGCAUCGAGCCCAUCAGCAACCUGCAGUCAGACAUCAAGAUAGGGGACUUCUCAAACUCAGUGAAGGACUCCAGGGCGUACUUCCACCUCUUGCAGCAGAUCGCUCCAAACGGCAGCAAAGAGGACGUGCCGCAGAUCAGCAUCGACAUGAGCGGUCUGAGCGACAUGGACCACAUGCGGAGGGCGGAGGCCAUGCUGCAGCAGGCCGACCGUCUGGGCUGCCGGCAGUUCGUCACCCCCAGUGACGUCGUCAACGGCAACAGCAAGCUCAACCUCGCCUUCGUAGCCAACCUGUUCAACAAGCAUCCGUCACUCACCAGGCCAGCCAACCAGGAGUGGACCCUGGAGUGUGAGACACGAGAGGAGAGGACAUUCUGCAACUGGAUGAAUUCUCUGGGAGUCACACCUCACGUCCACCAUAUCUACGGUGACCUGAUGGACGCCCUGGUCAUCCUCCAGCUGUAUGAGAAGAUCAAGGUGGAGGUGGACUGGGACCACAGAGUCAAUAGGCCCCCGUACCCCAAGAUAGGAGCCAUCAUGAAGAAGCUGGAGAAUUGUAAUUACGCAGUGGAGUUGGGAAAGUCCUCGGCUGGCUUCUCCCUGGUCGGUAUCGGAGGUCAGGACCUGAAUGAAGGAAACCCAACCCUGACCCUGGCCCUGGUCUGGCAGUUAAUGAGGAGGUACACUCUGAACGUGCUGGAGGACCUCGGAGACGGAGAAGCGGCCGGAGAUGAACUGAUCGUCAAUUGGGUGAACAAGACGCUGAAGAACGCCGGGAAGACCACGUCCCUGCGCAGCUUCAAGGACAAGAGCAUCAGCGACAGCAGUCCAGUUCUGGAUCUGAUCGACUCCAUUCAGCCCAACAGUGUGAACUUUGACCUGGUUAAAACGGGCAGCCUCGCAGACGAGGACAAGCUGAGCAACGCUAAGUACGCGGUUUCCAUGGCGAGGAAGAUUGGCGCCCGAGUGUACGCCCUCCCAGAGGACCUGGUGGAGGUGAACCCCAAGAUGGUGAUGACCAUGUUCGCCUGCCUGAUGGGGAGGGGCAUGAAGAGGGCGUAAUAGACACUCAUACACCCACACAGACACACAAAGACACACACACACACACACACGCACACACACCCCGAUUGUUUUGUCCUUGGGGGGGGGGGGGCUGGUUAUGCAGAGCGGGUGGGGUGGGGGUGGGGGGGGGGGGGGGGCUUCUCAGCGUCCACCCAGCGUUCAUAGAUCCAGCUCUCCACCGACUCCACUCCUCUCUGACCACAUGACACAUUUGAAUCAAUCCUCAGUAGACCCUUCACAGAGGCGUUGGCGUCAGACAAACCCACUAACCAUGGGUCGGCUCCGUUUUAUGCACCAAGCGCCCACGCUUGCGGAGAUUAGUCUACUACGUCACUAACUAGUCUCCAACGUUUGAUCAGGAGACGGGCAGGGCUAUCGCAGUCGUUACUUCACAGUCUUAGCAUCGAGCGCUCGCUUCCAAUUUAAAAACGAACGUGUGGUUCGAUUAUACAUCUUGGGACUGUUUCAGUGUCACUCGUUGAAGAGCAACUCAUGUACUACUUCUGAUAAGAGCUGGGUCUGUAAAAGGCGACAGCUUGGCAUGUUAUAUUUGGCGCCACACUUUAUGCUGCCUCAAGCUCAGAAAUCCAUAGCAAUAGCAUAAUCUGCGGAGGGUCGUAUCUCAGGCUGACCAUGAUUUGGGGAGAGGGAUGCGCUGACGUUUUAUCUAUGGGGAGGUCACCACCGGCUUUCACUUCUCCACGCCUCACUUCCUGAAGUCUCCACCAGCCCACAUACAGCAUGUCGGUGUUGCCUCUAUGGUCCUCAUGUCCCAUGAAGACCAUGAGUCAGCCCAAUCCUACAGAAUGUAUCUCUGGGUUACGGGAGCAUUUAAUGGAGCCAAGCCAUGGAUUAACGUGCGCAUAACACCUGUGGCCUAAGCCAGUUUCCAGACUGGAGCUAUUCUGACCAAAGCUGAGAUGAUACGAUUGUACAGGUUUUUAUUUUCAACUUGACACAUUUUUCUUUUCUUUUUUUAUGUACAAACACAUUCAAUUAAUAACCUUGAAAACAACACACAAAAAAACACUGUUACAUCUGCUUUUUAAUGAUUUCCAAAGAGCUUUUGUAUGAAUCCAGCCAGAUAAGUAGUGUUGCCUUAAACUGUGUUUAAAAUGUCAUCAUCACCAUCUUUAAUUAACCGAUCAGAAUUCUUCUGUAAUCAGGGAACAUCUUUUUUUGUUUUCAUUCAUUGCAAACUGCAAUAAUUAACAUUAGCACUUUCAGAAUACCAUUAAUUUGCUGCCAAAACAUGUGGCCAAUCAGCAUUCUCAACUGUUCAUUAUGAUUUGACUAUUGAGUCUUAUUCUUUGUGGGUUCCAAUUACAAAAAUGGGAUUUUACUAAUACCAAGUCUAAACUUGAGUUAAUAAAUGUCUUGCAACUGGAGAUGUAUCAAUAGACAUGUUAAGAAAUAUAAUACAGAUGUAAAAACGCA